CACUCCUCAAUAGUUGCCAGUCAUUCUUCAUUAUCCGCGGUAACCAAGGCCAGCUAGCGGCUGUGUUAGUAUACAAGCUUAGGCAUUAGUCCCUUGUUAUCAUUCUUGAUUUGUCUGCGGAGGAUAACAGACUUCGCGUUGCCGGCAGCAUGAAAGAACUGACGUCAAAAAGACGCGAAAAGGUGAAGGAGCCGAAAGCUGAGAAGCAAAAGGAAUCGGGGCCCGAAAACCAAGAUGUGGAGAUGACGGAGGAUGAUGUUGCCGCGCUCGGGAAGCCGCCGAGGGAGCAGGACUCAAUCACCCUGGAAGAUAUCAAAGAGCAUGUGAAGCAGAUCGAGAAGGCAGUGGCUGGUAAGGAGCCACGCUUUGUGCUGCGGGCCCUGCGUGCUUUACCCUCCACCAGCCGACGGCUCAACCCCAACGUGCUCCACAAGGCUAUCUCUGGCUUUUACACCUCCAACGCCACAGGCAAGGAGUUCUUGCUGAGCUUCCUGGAAGAGCCCAUGGAUACUGAGGGGGAUGUGCUCUUCAGGCCUCGCACCGGUAAGGCUGCAGCCACUCCUCUAAUCCCGGAGGUGGAGGCAUAUCUGCAGCUCCUGCUGGUGGUCUACCUCACCAACAAGCAGCGCUACACUGAGGCUCAGAAGGUGUCUGAUGACCUGCUGCAGAAGAUCAGCUCUCAGAACCGCCGCGCUCUGGACCUGCUGGCUGCCAAGUGCUACUACUACCACUGCCGUGUAUAUGAGUUCCUCAACAAGCUGGAUGCUGUGCGCAGUUUUCUGCACACGCGUCUGAGGACAGCUACGUUACGCCACGACUCGGAUGGCCAGGCCACCCUACUUAACCUGCUACUGCGAAACUACCUGCAGUAUAACCUGUACGACCAGGCUGAGAAGCUGGUGUCCAAAUCCGUCUUCCCAGAGCUGGCCAACAACAACGAGUGGGCCCGCUACCUCUACUACACAGGGCGGAUUAAGGCCAUCCAGCUGGAGUACUCAGAGGCCAGGAGGACCCUGACGAACGCAUUGCGCAAAGCUCCACAACACACAGCAGUGGGCUUCAAACAGACCGUGCAUAAGCUCCUGAUCGUAGUGGAGUUAUUGCUGGGGGAGAUUCCUGACCGGCUGCAGUUCCGCCAGCCCUCUCUGAAGAGAUCCCUCAUGCCCUACUUCCUCCUCACUCAGGCGGUGAGGACUGGGAACCUGGCCAAAUUUAACCAGGUCCUGGAUCAGUUCGGAGAGAAGUUCCAGGCUGAUGGCACGUACACGCUAAUCAUUCGCUUGCGACACAACGUUAUCAAAACAGGUGUAAGAAUGAUUAGCCUGUCCUACUCCCGGAUCUCGCUGGCCGACAUCGCUCAGAAGUUGCAGCUAGACAGCCCUGAGGAUGCAGAGUUUAUUGUGGCCAAGGCCAUUCGCGACGGGGUGAUCGAGGCUAGUAUAAACCAUGAGAAGGGUUACGUUCAGUCCAAGGAGACCAUGGACAUCUAUGGCACUCGGGAGCCCCAGCUGGCCUUUCACCAGCGCAUCUCCUUCUGCCUGGACGUCCACAACAUGUCAGUCAAGGCUAUGAGAUUCCCACCCAAAGCCUAUAAUAAGGAUCUGGAGUCUGCCGAGGAGAGAAGGGAAAGGGAGCAGCAGGAUUUGGAGUUUGCCAAAGAGAUGGCAGAGGAUGACGACGACAGUUUCCCGUGAUACCACAAACAUUAACCCCAUACUCCACUGUCCCUCUUAACUCUUUACUUAUUUCUUUAUCUCCCUCCUGGUUGCCCCCAUAACCUCAGUAACUCUGAAGAAAAGUCCAAAUGCCCAGCCCUCUAGCCUGCCUCCCUUGGUCCUGCCUCCCCACAGCCUGUAUCUCUGCUCAUCAUCAGGGCCUGUAGCCUGGUUCUAAACCGCCCAGAAACUGACAGGUUUCUGCUUUCAUUCACCACAGUCUGGGAGCUGGCGAACCAGCUCUCUUUUAUGUUUGUUGUUGUUGUUGUUGUUGCUUAUUUUUGGUGGUUGGUGUAAAAUACAUGAAGAUGAUGAUGAUGAUGAUGAUAGUUUAUUAUGCCUUUCUGUAUUCAUGGUGGUCUCCGUGGGUGGCACCAUAAUAGAAAUCAAACCUGAAAGUGACAGACAGGGGAAGUUUGGUCUGCCAACCAUUUUUUCCAGCAUAAAGUUGUAGGUAGUGGCCCCCACCCACCCAGUUUGACAUUUUUCCCAACUUGGAAUUUUGUGGGCAGGCUGUUGUAACCUAGUUGGGUGCUGAGGUAUCAUCGAGGGACUUUUGCUCUAGUAAGGCUGUGUUUGUUUGUUUCACAAAAGAUAAGUACAAAUAAAGUUUCUUUUCUAUGAUUGAUUGACA